UUCGACGCUAAGGUCCAGACUGGGCCAAAAAGGUGUUCGAUCCACCCACAAGUAAGAUCGAUGGCGACUCCGAGCAAAUCGCGAUGGGUACCCUGGUUUCGAGGGGCGGUUGCGACAUCCGAGUUAUGCCCCGUGAUGUUCAGGGCCUAGUGCUUGGUCUUACAGGAGUUCCAGAUGUCACAGGCGGUGUUUCUUCGUCCCAAACCAUAAGUCAGUCCUAUUCUGGUCAGGAAGGAGUGUUGAUGCUGCCUGCUCCAGGUGUGCCUUUCGCAGCUUCAGCUUCUGCUGCCAUACCAUCUAGCUCAUCCAAAGGAAAGGAAAAGGUUGUUGACUCAGGAACACCUGGAGGGACGAAUCCAACAUUCCAGAUUGGCCAGGUAGCAGGGUUGCCUCUCAGUUCAUCUCAAGUUCCUUUGGCAAUCAAGGAGAAUGCUGUUGUUUCGGACGUGAUUUCGCCAAAUUUACUGCCUCCUGUAUCAAUUAUUGCACCUUUGCUGUCUGUUGCUGAUUUGAAGGGAAAAGGAACAGAUCCAGGGGCGCCUGUUGCGGCAGCUCCUUUUACCAUUGCAGAUCCUCUGAAGGUCUCUAAUAUCCAGUCAGUUGGUGUUGUGAAAAGUGCAGUGGGGACUCCUGUAACUCUGAGUGAUGGUAUGGAUGUGAUGAGUUCUAAUAGCCAGGGAGUACAUGGAUUGUCAUCCAUUGCUGGGCUGGGUUCUGAAACUCCUCAGAGUAAAAUCAGCAAGUCAUCUUCGGCAGUUUCGCCUUUGUCUUCAAGGAGUCUCUUGAUAUCACCUCUGGCUAAGGUAAAGAUUGAGAAGCUGGAAUCUUCUGGAACUGGAUCUCCUAAUGUGAGGCAGGAUGAUGAGCAAACAGAAAGUUCGUCCCCUUUUUCGCUUGCUAACCAAGAUUCACAUCGGGCGCCUGAGAAACCUUUCGCUGCUAAGCGUCGCCUGUAUGAAUCUUAGGGUGCAGGAAAGGUGGUUGCCUUUUGUGGAUGCUGAAUUUGCUUCAAGCAAGAAGUCCUUUUGAUGGUGGGCAGGAUGAUUAUGUUGAUCGUUUGAAGAUGUGCUGGUUGGAGGAUUUGCAGCUCUUUUGUAAACUUCUGGGGAACCUGUUUGUGAACUUUGUUGUUGCCUUUCUUGGCUAAUUUUGGCAACUUUGUGGGAAUUAUGUUGUUGGUUUCUAGACAAAACUAAUGGUGCUUCGGGUAUCUGUUUAUGAGGUGCAAGUUUUAAGUACAUGUAAUUUUCUGUGUAAA